AUGGAAGCUGUCAGCAACCAUGCAAGGGAGUCAUCAUCAAGCACAGACGCAUCCACAGUACUUGAUAUGGCAGGACAUGAAAACCCAGCUGUAGUAGCACCGAAUGCUAUCGAUGAGGAGAAGACAGCCACCACCACUUUGAAGCAUAAAAUAAAGGCAUUUUUCCUUGGACCAAGUUUCAUGUGCACCCUUAUGCUGAUUGCUGCUGGAAGUGCAGUGGCUUUUCAAUCGGGUUGGUUUCUUUUUGGGUUGUGGAUAGUAAAAAGUGAAAAUGUUAACCUUGGUUUGAUGGGUGGUGAUGGUGUAUCAAUGAAAUCUCGCGUAAUAGGGGCCAAUGCUACAAUGAAUCAUAUCGCAGGGCGAGCGUUUUCAUCGGUUGUGAAUUUCUCAACGGGAUCAAUUGCGUGCUUAUUGUUCUUGGUCAUUGAUGUGGUCUUUUUUCGAGGACCUGCACCUACCAUCACAAGAUUGAAAACAUCCCCUUGGUAUUCCUGGUUAGGUGGUAUCCUUGGAACCUAUUACAUUGUCAUCAACAUCCUCACCGUACCUAAACAUGGAGCAGGAACCGUUCUCAGCAUCUUUGUGUGCGCACAAGUAAUCAUGGCAUGCUUGAUGGAUCAUUUUGGUUUGACCGGUAUAUCCAAGAGGAAGUUUUCAGUAUGCAGAUGCAUUGCAUCGCUUGGCCUGAUUGGAUGCGUUGCGGUUAUCACUUUGUUUUAG